GAGGAACGGAAAACAAGAACGCAGACGGCUGGAGCAAGAAACACAGAUUGCUGAAAAGUGCGACUUUACUGACAUCCUUGACCUUGACAGCAAGAAGUUUUCCAAAACACUACAUCAUAACGGAACCAUCCCGCAUUGCAAUACAAGAACAGGAGAGGGCGCCAAACAUUCUUUGGGUCUGGAACACGGGACGACAAAGACAGAUGGAAGAUGCUUCGAUUAUAGCUUAAUAAUGGAGAUUGAAAUGUUGGUUGCUGUUGAUACUUAUAGUGGAUGGUUGUACUGCACUUUUACAGCAGCCCAGGAUUGCAGGCUGGGGCUGCUGAUGUAUGUCUGACUAAAAUCAGAUCCUUACUCAGCGAUGCUGGCAAGGUGGAGUUGAAGACAGAGUUGUGCUACAAUGUUGAGGUCCCGGACAAAGAUCCUCUGAGCAAGAAGGAUCUUCAGACCUUGUACUGGAUCCUAGAGACACCCUUUGAGAGCACCGGCCUGGCGACAAGCUCCUCCCUGAAGACCGACCGAACCAAAGAGGGCGCCCUCAUCAUUGAAACAGGGCCAAGACUGAACUUUUCUACUGCGUGGUCAACCAACGCUGUCUCGAUGUGCCAGUCUGCUGGUCUGACUCAAAUCACUCGCGUAGAGCGCUCGCUGCGAUACUUCAUCAUGGCAUCGAUGGCGAACGGGUCUGGCGUGAAGAUCUCAUCCGUUGCGGAAAGAGAAAUCAGUGGUUGUCUACACGACAGAAUGACAGAGUGCCGAUAUGCUGAACCAUUGGAAAGCUUCGCAAUAGAGGUGCGUCCAGAACCGGUAUAUGACGUCAAAGUAAUGGAGGAAGGAAGAAGCGCUCUAGAAAAAGCAAAUAAGGAAUUAGGGCUGGCUUUUGAUGACUGGGAUUUAGAAUUCUACACCGAGCUAUUCCAGAAGAAAGCAAAGCGCAACCCGACAAGCGUAGAGUGCUUUGAUCUAGCACAGUCCAACAGUGAGCACAGCAGACACUGGUUCUUCAAGGGGCGGAUGGUGAUUGACAAAGAAGAGCAUCCGCAAUCUCUCUUUAAGAUGGUCAUGGACACUCAAGAAGCCAGCAAUCCAAAUAACGUCAUCAAAUUCUCCGACAACAGCAGUGCAAUUAAGGGAUACAAGGUUCAGACUCUGGUCCCAGAGACCCCAGGUGUGGGUGCCUCAUCAUUCAACAAACAGGAAGCUGAACGACACAUCAUCUUCACUGCCGAGACCCACAACUUCCCCACGGGUGUGGCUCCGUUUAGUGGUGCAACCACAGGGACCGGAGGGCGUAUACGUGAUGUACAAGCUGCAGGCAGGGGUGCUCAUGUUGUUGCUGGGACGGCAGGAUACUGCUUUGGGAACUUACAUAUUCCAGAGUAUGAUCUACCUUGGGAAGAAAAGUCAUUCGAGUACCCAUCCAACAUGGCGUCCGCUCUACAGGUGAUCGUCCAGGCAAGCAAUGGGGCGUCAGACUACGGGAACAAGUUUGGAGAGCCGGUGCUGACCGGUUUUGCGCGGUCAUUCGGCAUGGUAGUCGGUGAUGCAGACAGACGAGAAUGGGUUAAACCAAUCAUGUUCAGCGGUGGUAUGGGGUCGUUGGAGAGUGGUCAUGUGACUAAAAAAAACCCAGAGACAGGAAUGAAAGUGGUAAAGCUCGGGGGCCCUGUGUACCGCAUUGGUGUUGGUGGUGGCGCGGCCUCUUCCAUUCAGGUCCAGGGGGACAAUACUGAGGAGCUUGACUUUGGAGCCGUUCAGCGAGGGGAUGCUGAGAUGGAACAGAAGAUGAACAGGGUGAUCCGUGCUUGCAUAGAGAUGGGCACCAAGAAUCCGAUAAGCAGUAUACAUGACCAGGGUGCUGGUGGGAAUGGCAAUGUGUUAAAGGAGAUUUCUGAGCCAGCCGGUGCCCUGAUCCGUGCCAAAGAGUUCCAAUUGGGAGAUCCAACCAUCAACACAAUGGAGCUAUGGGGCGCCGAGUACCAGGAGAGCAACGCCAUUCUCAUUCCGGGGGAGGCAGAAGGCAUUUUGAGUGACAUCUGCCAGAGGGAGAAAUGCCCAGUUUCAUUUGUGGGAGACAUUACUGGGGAUGGCAAAAUACGACUGGAGCAAGAAGAGGCAGAGUGUGUGGAAAAUGGCGCCCUCAACGGGGAGUCAGCUAGUAAGAAGAAGAGGUCGUGCUCAUACCCUGUUGACCUUGACCUGGAGUGGGUCUUGGGGUCAAUGCCCAGGAAGAUAUUCAACAUGGACCGUGUCAAGCCCAAUCUCAAGCCACUUAGCCUGCCGACUAAUCUCACAGUCAAAGAUGCCGUUAAUCGUGUUCUACGUCUGCCGUCUGUUGCCAGCAAACGAUACCUCACAAACAAGGUUGAUCGCUCAGUGACCGGUCUGGUAGCCCAGCAGCAGUGCGUUGGUCCCCUCCAUACCCCACUAGCUGAUGUAGCAGUCACGGCUCUGACUCAUUUUGAUACUGUCGGCUCAGCUACCUCCAUCGGUGAGCAACCAAUCAAGGGACUGAUAGAUCCAGCUAGUGGUGCUAGGAUGUCCGUUGCUGAAGCUCUGACCAACCUCGUCUUUGCUAGAGUAUCCUCACUCAAGGAUGUGAAGUGCAGUGGCAACUGGAUGUGGCCUGCCAAGCUGCCAGGCGAGGGUGCUGCAUUGUUUGACGCAUGUGCAGCCAUGUGCGAUGCGAUGAAGGAGCUGGGGAUAGCGAUCGAUGGAGGGAAGGAUUCUCUGAGCAUGGCUGCUCGCGUUGGCACAGAGACUGUCAAAGCUCCUGGUGCUCUAGUGAUCUCAGCGUAUGUUGGUUGCCCAGACAUUAACGCCACCGUCGCCCCCGAUCUGAAGUGUCCCAACGGCUGUGGGAGCAUCUUAUUUGUUGACCUUAGCUGUGGUCAGAGACGACUAGGAGGUUCGGCCCUGGCCCAGUGCUACAAGCAGGUUGGUGACACGGUGCCCGACAUGUAUAACCCUGGUAUGCUGGCUCAAGCAUUCAACAUCAUGCAGGAACUAAUAACUGAGGGGCUGUUGACCAGCGGUCAUGACGUCAGCGAUGGUGGACUUAUCACUUGCCUAUUGGAGAUGACCUUUGCAGGAAAUUGUGGAAUGGAGGUCAAUAUUGAAAACAACAACAAAGUCUCAGAUUUGGAGGUUCUAUUUGCGGAGGAGUUGGGGUUAGCUUUGGAGGUGUCGACUGAGCAUGCCCAGAUGAUCUGCCAGAGGUUUACCGGGAAGGGAGUGCCGUGCUCCGUGAUUGGUCAAUCCUGUGGACAGGGUCCGGACUCCAUGGUCCGUCUCUCGGUGAACGGCACCAACGUCUUGACAGAGAAGAUGACCUUCUUGAGAGACAUCUGGGAGGAGACGAGUUUCCGUUUGGAGAAUUACCAAACCAACCCAGAGUGUGUGGCUAAAGAGAGAGAAGGACUGUCUAAGCGCGUAGCUCCUCCGUACAAGCUGACCUUCGACCCCAACCAGCACAAAAUCGAUGAAGAAAUAGCCAAGCCAGGCUUCGUCGGACCUAAAGUCGCUGUGAUUCGCGAGGAGGGUAGUAAUGGUGAUCGUGAGAUGGUCGCCUCGUUGAUGAGCGCUGGCUUUGAGGUCUGGGAUGUCAACAUGCAGGACCUUGCUUCAGGGAGAGCCACCCUGGACCAGUUCCGAGGAGUGGUGUUUGUUGGUGGAUUCAGCUAUGCUGAUGUCUGUGGCUCUGCUAAAGGCUGGGCUGCGGCCAUCCUGUUCAACCCUACGGUGCGAGCCCAGUUUGAUGCCUUCAGGGCGCGUAGUGACACCUUUUCCUUGGGCGUCUGUAACGGGUGCCAGCUGAUGGGUUUACUUGGCUGGGUGGCCCCAGACCAUGGACAAGAAAAGACCAGUGGAGAUUCAGCCUCCUCCAAGCAGGGUGUUUUCCUCACACACAACAAAUCUGAGAAGUUUGAAUCGCGGUUUGUCAGUGUCCAGAUAGACCAGAGUCCUUCCGUCCUGCUUCAGGGAAUGGAGGGGUCUACACUAGGCAUAUGGGUUGCUCAUGGUGAAGGGUACAUGAAAUUUGCCUCGGACACCGUCCUGAACGAAGUCACCCAGAACCAUCUAGCCCCCAUACGCUAUGUUGACGACCAAGGGCACCCGACCACCCAGUACCCACUGAACCCAAAUGGGUCCCCACUGGGCGUAGCCGCCCUCUGUUCUCCAGAUGGGCGACACCUAGCCCUCAUGCCCCACCCAGAAAGGUGCACCUUCACGUGGCAGUGGGCGUGGAUGCCGCCCGCGUGGAAACAAGACUUGAAGGCGUCGCCGUGGAUGCGCAUGUUCAAGAAUGCCUGUGCCUGGUGCUGUCAAAAGGUAUAGAUGUAUCAAAUCAAUCUGAAGUACUAGAGUCUUCGGUAAUGCAAAUCAUUUGUUGGCAAAGUUUGUUCCUACAAUAGACCCUUCUGAUGAAAUGCAGCGUGUGCACUAACAUUUUAGUUGGCAAAAUGAGGCAACAUCGUGCUGUUUUGUACACAUGGGAAGGGUCAAUUAUGGCAACGAGCGCUUGGUACCAACAAGUUGAUGCUACUUUUUAAACCAGGCUUUAACAGAGAACAAGUUAAAAACAUUGUUUGUCACGUGACAUUUUGGCUGGUAACCAUACUCUAAGUAGCAGCUAUAUGAAACUAAGCUCGACGAUUACCAACGGGACCAAAAUGCUUGCAAAUUUUGAACAUGUCAAAACAUAUUCCAUGCAAUAAAAUUUGGUGACGGUUGCACACAUUUUUCUGAAAAAUGGCUAUUAUGAAACUUAUUUUCUUGCCAUUCUCGUUUUGUUUUGUUUUUCCUUCAGCACGUUGUGAAAAUGUUGAAAAGUAAACAUCACAAUUCAUAUAUUUUCUUACCUAUUGGUGCAUUGAACACCUAGUGUUUGUUACGAAAAACGCUAAAUUUUUGUUUGUUUUUUAUUAUAUUAUUAAGUUCGGAGAAAAGAGCAGAAUGUAUUCUCUGUUAAGUACUGAAAUCUCAUAAUUCUAAUAUUAAAGGGUCUGUAUACGUUUGGUAAUGAUGAGUCUGAGACUAACUGGCAAUAAAAAACUUACUUUGUAAGAAGUACAGUAGCUUUGGAUGGUAUGAUGUAUGAGAAACAUUUCGCUUCAAAGUACUGUGAUUAUGAAACGAGAUGUUUUGAUCCCAACAAAAU